AUGCCAGUUGAGAACACUGCCUCCGUCCCAUCGGGUGACGAACCAGAGACGAACAUUCCUCUCACUCCUGAAGACGAGGCUGCCAAAAAGAAAGCCUGCAUCAAGAAGUCGCUGUUUGCCCUCAUCUUUGUCGCUUUCAUUGCCUAUGUGAUUGCGGAUUCGUUGACGACCAAGCAUGUGAGCGGGGCUGUCGAAGACUUUUUGGCAUGGAUUGAAGACAAUCCCACUAUCGGUAUCUUUGCAUUUAUGGGGGUCUAUAUUAUCGCUACUGUCUUUUUCAUUCCUGGAUCUAUCUUGACACUUGGAGCUGGUUUUGUCUUUGCGAAUGCUUUUGGGCUAGGCCUUGGGGUCGCGCUUGGGACGCUCGCUGUGUUUGUUGGAGCCAGUAUUGGUGCCUGUUUUGCCUUUUUGAUUGGACGAUAUCUACUACGUGACUGGGUUAGCACCUUGGCUAAAAAAUAUGCCAUCUUUCAAGCGCUUGAUAUUGCCUUUGAAGAGAAGGGAUUGCGCAUCAUGACGCUUUUAAGAUUGUCGCCCUUAAUCCCAUGGAACGCUAUCAAUUACAUCGCAGGUGUGACAUCCCUAAAGUUUUACGAAUAUGCGAUUGCGUUGAUUGCAAUUCUACCUGGAACUGUACUCUAUGUCUUCCUUGGGGCAUCGGCGGGAUCCUUGGCGGACAGUGCCAGCAGUGGCGACAACUCAACAGUGACAAUCAUCGUCGUGGUUGUCGGAGUUAUAUUUGGAAUCGCUGCCGUCGCAGUCACAUCCUACUACGCCAAGAAGGAGUUGAAUCGCAUCACCGCCGAGCGCAAUGCACAACUGGAAGAAGAAAACAUACAGACCGACGCUGAAGCGGUCAAGAUUGAAGAGACGCCAGACGAGUAG